AUGACGGUCAUAGAAACGGUCAAAGAGGCCGUCGGCCUGGGAGAUGCUGCCGGUAUCCAUCCCCCUACUACAGCUCCAGCAUCUAGACAAGCAAUGUCCGAAGCCAAACUCCCCCUCGCCUACCGCGACAGCUGCGCACACCUUUUAAUCCCUCUCAAUAAAUGCCGGCACGAGACAUGGUACUUGCCCUGGAAGUGUGAGAACGAGCGACAUAGCUACGAGAAAUGCCAGUAUGAAGAGUUCAAGAAGAGGGUUGCGAAGAUGGACGAAAUCCGCGCAGCCAAGGCUGCAGCAGGCAAAUAG